AUGUCCGAGUAUCGAAACCAACUGUUCGCGCAGCUUCAUGCACCGAUUGCCGCCGAUCUCAAGCUGUCGAAGGCCCUCGAUGCGAAGAAGUACCAGACCGUCGUAGUAUCGCCGCGAUCGUACUUCGCUUUCACGCCUCUGCUUGCCUCAACGUCGGUCGGCACGCUCGAAUUUAGAACUGCGCUCGAGCCGAUACGUACGAGGAGGACAAACGUCAGCUUCUUCCAAGGGUGGGCGGAUGGGGUCGAUUUCAAGAACAAGAAAAUUACAGUUGAGGAGGCGAUCGAGGAUCAGGGGGUCUCGACAGCGCUGGUGGAAGAUAGACAUGCUGGGGAGUCGAAAGAGCAAAGACAUGAGAGGAGAGAGGUGGAGGCCAAGAAAGGCACGUUGUUCGACAUUACAUACGAUAAGUUGAUCGUCACUGUGGGUUGCUACAGCCAGACUUUUGGCACUCCUGGAGUAAAGGAGCACGCACUGUUCUUGAAAGAUGUUGGCGAUGCGCGCAAGAUUAGGAACCGUAUUUUAGCCUGCUUUGAAGCCGCAGCGCUACCCACAACGACGGACGAACAGCGCAAACAACUCCUCAACUUCGCCAUUGUCGGCGGAGGGCCUACCGGCAUCGAGUUCUCUGCUGAGCUGCACGAUAUCAUAACGGAAGAUCUCGCCCGCAUCUACCCCGAGCUAAUACCCUUUCACAAGAUCACUGUCUACGAUGUCGCCAAAAAAGUUCUUCCGAUGUUCGACGAGAAGCUAGCUAAAUACGCUAUGGAUACCUUUGCUCGCGAAGGAAUUGACAUCAGGACCGAUCACCACGUCGAAGAACUUCGGCCAGGCGCUCCCGGGGAGAAUCCCUCUUCAGAGGAUGACCAUGAAGUGUACACGUUGAAGAUCAAAGAGCAAGGCGAGAUUGGCGUCGGCAUGGUCGUGUGGAGUACUGGGCUCAUGCAGAAUCCCUUUGUCGCUCACGCUCUUAGCGAUGUGUACGAGGUUCCAAGCGACUUCAGGCGCCUCGAAGCACCCUCUAACGACCCUGACUCCCUCCACUGGCGCGUCAAGACCGAUUCAAAGACAGGCUCAGUAAUGACAGACAGUCGACUCCGAAUGAAGCUCAUCGCAGAGUCCGAAAACGAAAAGAAACCCGAAGCUAUCAUGAGGGACGUUUUCGUCCUCGGUGACUGUGCCAUCGUUGAAGGGACUCAAUAUCCUGCGACAGCGCAAGUUGCAUCUCAGAAAGCCUACUGGCUGGCGAAGCGCCUCAACAAGGGAGACAUUGACAAGUCGGGCUUCACAUGGAAGAACAUGGGUGUCAUGGCAUACGUGGGCAACUGGAACGCGCUGCUACAGGGUGGUGGCACUAGCGGCGGUAUUUCUGGUCGCCUUGCGUGGAUUAUCUGGCGUGGAGCGUAUCUGACCAAAAGCGUGAGCUUGAGAAACAAGAUUCUGAUUCCUACCUAUUGGGCGAUCAAUUGGCUAUUUGGACGAGAUAUCAGUCGCUUUUAG